UGGUCCAAUAUAAGCAAAUUUAUACCCAAUUUCGUAAAAUAAAAGUGACUUUCUCCAAAAUUUCUGGAUUUAAUUCCCAUUCAAACGAUGAACACCGCCAUGACAUGCGGCACUUGGAUGAUUCUUCGGAAAAUUAUGUAUGUGGUGGAACUGUGAUCAGUGAACUGUAUGUCCUAACUGCCGAUCAUUGCGUGAGAGAUAACAAUGAGGCUGUGCUUUCUAAUAAAAGAGUUUUGGUUCGACUCGGAUUACACUAUCUGCGAGAUUUGAACCCGAGAAAAUUUCAACAACAUAAAGUUGACAAAAUACUGACCUACAAGGGUAAAGAUCAGCUAAAGAAUGAUAUCGCGAUACUUGAGUUGGCAACAGUGAUUGAAUUUACUAAAUACGUUCAACCUGCUUGUGUGAACCAAGAAGAAGAUCUGACUCGUCAGUUUGGAACCGCUGUUGGUUGGGGUGUCGACGAAACUAACGAAACAUCACCGAUUUUAAAAAGUCAACGAAUGCCGGUAAUCAGUACAAACAAAUGCCUUGAAAGUAAUGAUGGCAAAUUAAGACCAGUGCUGGGCAGUGGUAUCUUCUGUGCUGGAUAUUUAAACGGAACCACCGUUUGUAAUGGCGAUAGCGGAGGAGGUCUUCACUUUGAAAGAAACGGAGUUUGGUACGCUGGAUUCACCGAUGUGCAUCACUUUUUACCAUGGAUUCGUAAAGUUACUGGACUUGGUCUUGAGGACGAGAGUGCAGGUAAGGAAAGCACACCAGAGAAAAUAUCUGCCAAUCCUACCCCAGAUUUGACUCUCAAGACUCCGGAGCCAAUUAAUGUUACCAUUUCCAAAGAAGAAAGUAUCGCCCUACUUCCCGCGGACUGUGGAAAAUACUUAGUGAACCGGAUUUUCCGUGGAACAAAAGCUGAACUGUACGAAUUCCCGUGGGUAGUUCGCCUAGUGUACACAAAUAAAACAACUGGCGAGCGCUUCCGUGGCUGCCACGGGUCGCUGAUAAACAAACGUUACGUUCUGACCAGCGUGGAUUGUGUCCCUGAGAACUACAAGCCUGAUCAAAUCUACAUGGGAGAAUACGACACCAAUUGUAACGUUUACGUUAACGCCAGUGAUUGUAUCCCACAACCUCGGUUUGCUGGCAUUUCCAGCAUCACUGCCCAUUCAAAGUUUAACUCCGACACAUUUCGGAAUAAUAUCGCUCUGGUCCGUCUUAACCGUAACGUCGAAUUCGAGGACAACAUUCAGCCAAUUUGCCUCCCGGUGACCGAGUCGUUGAAAGAGCAAACACAUUCAGAGUACAUCGUCGCCGGCUGGGGAAGAACCACCUGGGACGAAGACUAUCCCAACAUCCUGCAAAAGGCAUCCGUCCAAGUCACGAACCGAUCCGAGUGCGAGGAUAAAAGUGACGAUCGUUUUUACAUCGGCCGGGAUGUCAUUUGCGUUGGGAGCAACGGAACGGCCAACAUGUGCGAGUGGGAAGACGGCGCUCCGCUGGGUUAUCCAACGCGGUACAACGAGAGUGGGGUGCGAUUUGUCCAAUACGGGAUCACUUCUAUAUUCGGAUGUGAGACCCUGCCGUCAAUCAUUACAUAUGUGCCUAGGUACAUGGACUGGAUACUGGCCAAUCUGAGACCGUGAAUAAAAAUUUAUAAAUUGAAAUAAAAGUCAAUGGAUCAGAAAAAUAUGU